AUGAAGCAUCCUGCGCCAAUCAUACCCUACUUCCUGCCUGUGCGUUCCACCUUACUUCCGGACUGUGCGUUCCACAUACAGGAAGUGAGUUUUAAUCGCCUGCUGCCUCGCAGUGUCCGCGGAGAUCAGGGUUGCAAAAUAGUGAAGAAGACAUCUGGUGAGUGUGAGACACCCAUCAGCCAUCCCCGUGUGUCAGGUGAACUGAGCAGAACUGAGAGCCCCAUCACGGUGCCUCCACCUCACUCACUGAUACAUGAGAGGCACAGUGACCAGAAGAUCCUGGAACUUACCAACAAGAUCAAUCAGCUGCUGACUGGAGAGGAGGGGGAGUAUAUAGAGGAACACAGGGGUCAGUACAAGGACGUGAUGAUGGAGAAUCACCGGCCCCUCACAUCACUGGAUGGGCCCAGUAACAGAGAUACCCCAGAGAGAUGUCCCCGUCCUCUGUAUUCCCAGGAUUGUACAGAGGAGAAUCACAGGAUCCCACAGGAGGAUCAGGUAGAACGUCUGUCUGAUAUUAAAACAGACGAUAUAGAGGAAGAAGAAAAGACGUAUGUGACUGAUAUGAAGGCAGAAGAUAUAGAGGGAGAAGAAGAGACGUAUGUGACUGAUAUGAAGGCAGAAGAUGUAGAGGGAGAAGAAGAGACGUAUGUGACUGAUAUAAAGGCAGAAGAUAUAGAGGGAGAAGAAGAGACGUAUGUGACUGAUAUAAAGGCAGAAGAUAUAGAUGGAGAAGAAGAGACGUAUGUGAGGGGUGAUCAGCAGUGUAAGGAGGAGGAGAUCCCUACAGAUAUCAGCACAGCAGAGGGACACACAAGCAGGAAUAUCUCAGAAGGACAUCCAAUGUUAUCCCCGGAUUGUGAAAUAAGAGAUAAUGACAGUAUACAGGAAUCUCCAGGAGCUAACCCCAUUACCCCAAUUAUUCAUCCAGGUCUAUCAGCUGAUCCCCCUGAUCCUGGGAAAUGUUCUGCUGAUCACGCUUAUAUUGGUGCAUCUGUUACAGCUCUAACAGUAGAUACAGUGUUUCCAUGUUCUAUAGAUGCCAAAUGUUUUACACAGAACACAAAGCUUAUUACCCAUCAGCCAGCUAAGGCAGGUGAGAGGCCAUUUCCAUGUUCUGAGUGUGGGAAAUGUUUUGCAUUCAAAUCAGAUCUUGUUAAUCAUCAGAGAAGUCACACAGGUGACAAGCCGUUUUCUUGCUCUGAGUGCAGGAAAUGUUUUUCCUGGAAAUCACUACUUGUUAUACAUCUGCGAAGUCACACAGGUGAGAAUCCAUUUCCAUGUUCUGAGUGUGGGAAAUGUUUUCCAUACAAAUCACAUCUUGUUACACAUCAAAGAAGUCACACAGGUGAGAAGCCAUUUCAAUGUUCUGAGUGUGGGAAAUGUUUUAUCCAGAAAUCACAACUUGUUAUACAUCAGAGAAGUCACACAGGAGAAAGGCCAUUUCCAUGUUCUGAGUGUAGGAAAUGUUUUACAAACAAACCGCAUCUUGUUAGACAUCAAAGAAGUCACACAGGUGAGAAGCCAUUUCCAUGUUCUGAGUGUGGGAAAUGUUUUGCACAGAAAUCAGAACUUGUUAUACAUCAGAAAAGUCACACAGGUGAGAAGCCAUUUCAAUGUACUGAGUGUGGGAAAUGUUAUGCACACAAAUCAGAACUUGUUAAACAUCACAGAAGUCACACAGGUGCGAAGCCAUUUCCAUGUUCUGAGUGUGGGAAAUGUUUUAUCCAGAAAUCACAACUUGUUAUACAUCAGAGAAGUCACACAGGAGAAAGGCCAUUUCCAUGUUCUGAGUGUAGGAAAUGUUUUACAAACAAAUCGCAUCUUGUUAGACAUCAAACAAGUCACACAGGUGUGAAGCCAUUUCCAUGUUCUGAGUGUGGGAAAUGUUUUGCACAGAAAUCAGAACUUGUUAUACAUCACAAAAGUCACACAGGUGAGAAGCCAUUUCCAUGUACUGAGUGUGGGAAAUGUUAUGCACACAAAUCAGAACUUGUUAAACAUCACAGAAGUCACACAGGUGCGAAGCCAUUUCCAUGUUCUGAGUGUGGGAAAUGUUUUGCAUUCAAAUCAGAUCUUGUUAAUCAUCAGAGAAGUCACACAGGUGACAAGCCGUUUUCUUGCUCUGAGUGCGGGAAAUGUUUUUCCUGGAAAUCACUACUUGUUAUACAUCUGCGAAGUCACACAGGUGAGAAUCCAUUUCCAUGUUCUGAGUGUGGGAAAUGUUUUCCAUACAAAUCACAUCUUGUUACACAUCAAAGAAGUCACACAGGUGAGAAGCCAUUUCAAUGUUCUGAGUGUGGGAAAUGUUUUAUCCAGAAAUCACAACUUGUUAUACAUCAGAGAAGUCACACAGGAGAAAGGCCAUUUCCAUGUUCUGAGUGUAGGAAAUGUUUUACAAACAAAUCGCAUCUUGUUAGACAUCAAAGAAGUCACACAGGUGAGAGGCCAUUUUCAUGUUAUGAGUGUGGGAAAUGUUUUGCACGGAAAUCAGUACUUGUUGAACAUCAGAGAAGUCACACAGGUGAGAAGCCAUUUUCUUGCUCUGAGUGUGGGAAAUGUUUUAUACGGAAAUCACAACUUGUUACACAUCAGCAAAGUCACAGGUGAGAAUCCAUUUCUAUGUUUUCAGUGUGGGAAAUGUUCUGCACACAAAUCAGAUUUUAUUAAACAUGAGAGCAGUCACACAGGUGAGAAGCCGUUUUCUUGCUCUGAGUGUGUGAAAUGUUUUACACAGAAAUUACAACAGGUGAUAGGCCAUUUUCAUCCUCUGUGAAAUAAAUCAGCACAAUAGACAUCACUUGGAAACCAUUGUACUCUUCUGGAGUAUACUUAACAUUGCCAUGCAUUGUUCUUCAAGGUUCUUAUAGCCCAUGCUUUUUGCAAUAUACAUGCUACAACUGGGUGAUAUAAUCAGAUGUCAUGCCCUCAUCUACCACUGCUAUGCAGAUGACUUGUCUUUUGCUCCGGAUACUGAGAACCCAGUACCAAUCCCAAAUGGUUGUCUAGCUGAGCUCCAUGUGUGGGUGAUGCUAGUUGGCUGUGACUCAGUCCUGGUGAAACAGGUCCUUAUGGUAGAAGCUCACCAACGAAGGGCAGGGCUACAGCUCAGCUUUGCCUACCAACCAGACUUAUGCUUGUGGGUUCAGAGUUACAAAAUGCUGAUCAUGUGGAAUCUUGGUGUCCUGGAUGGUGGAGUGACACUUAGAUAUCAGGUAUCAUCCACAAUCAGAUCCUCAUCUGAGGAACAUAGCCAGACUCCAGCACUUUAUUCCCUCAGAAGAUCUACCUACAGUCAUACAUGCACUUGUAUCAUCAUGCAUAGACUACUGCAAUGUCCUCUACCUGGGUCUCCCAGCAAAAGAAUUGCACCACUUGUGGCUUGUACAGAAUGCAGCAGCCAGUCUUACCUAACCGGCCCGUUCCAGCCACAUAACACCCAUUCUCUACUCCCUUCACUGACUGCCUGUAAGAUGGUGACUACAUAAUCUUACUGACUCUCCCAGCCCUACAUGACCAGGGUCCAUGGAACCAGAAGCAGCUUCUGCCUCCUUACUGCCUGGUUUCUUCCAUCUGCAGAUGAAGGACUGUUACCACCAGUACCAAGAAUCCCCAAGAAGUUCUGAGAUGUCAGGGGGGGAGACAGGGUGGUGGCACUAUUGCUGUAGUGGGGGCUGCCGGAAGUACUGUCUGUGGGUAAUAUUGUCCCCAAGCAGUGCUGAGGUGGAAGAGGGGGGCACAGGGUGAUGAAC